AAUACAGUAAGGCAUGAAGACAAGCGGCGGUGGCUAUCAUACACCCUUUGAACUGACCACCUAAGACUUGUAAUGUCCUUGUAUUCAGACUCAGGCGAAGGCAUGUCUCUCAGGUCUAAAUUCUGUCAGGUGGAGCAGCAGGGAGAGACCCAGGGGAGACUAGAGACAGGUAUGGUGGACCAUGUUAUUCUGACAUCGGAUGUGCAAUAUAGCUCGAGUGGGUUUGAGGCGCCUCGGCCAAAUGCUUUACUUAAUGAUGAUAGAUCCUGUGGAGCCUACGCUGAAGCUGAGGACUGCAUUAUACGUGCUCAGUUUAUGAGCUCUGUAUACUCAAGAAGCGCGUCGUUCUGUCUAAAGGAGUCUUGUCUCCACAGUACGGGCGAAGAACAUGCUUUUAUGCAGAACGGGAAAAGUUUACUCGCCUCUGAUAGUUACCAAAGUUUUACACCGUCUCAUGGGAGUUGUUUAAUAACACUUCGGUCAGAGGACACGGGGGGUGCAGCGAACGGAUUCGAAUGGAUGAAAACAAAAAGAAACAACCCUCAAAGAUGUUCACUAGCUUGCGGCUUGACUACAACAGCUCGCACCAGCUUUACUACUGGACAGGUGACUGAACUGGAGAAAGAGUUUCACUUUAAUAAGUACAUCAGCAGGCAGAGAAGAGCCGAGAUGGCGAGCGCGCUGCAUCUGAGCGACUCGCAAGUCAAGAUCUGGUUCCAGAACAGAAGAAUGAAGCAGAAGAAGCGUGAGAAGGAGGAGGGCCUUGUCCCGAUUACGAGCUCCACAGAGCUGCACCCUUCCUCCACAGGCUCCCGGCCUGUUCACUUCCCCUGCUACUCAUGCUAUCAUAAAAGUGCCUCUCUGCGAAAACCCAUAUAGCCUGUCUGUGCCAAAUGCCCAAAGUGUUUGCACUAUGUCAAUUAUUUGCUUGCACUAUUUAUAAAUAAACUGAUUAAUAAUUAUAUUUUUGCAUUUUCUAUUAAUAAUCUGUAAAAAGCAGGACCUUAUUGCUAAUUUGCCAAAUGUAAAAUUCAGUGCCUUUGAAAGCGUUUACUGUAAUUCCUAAUAUUUAAUUUCUUCCAAGGACCACGAAUGUAUUUUUUUUUAAAGUUGUGUAAUGUUCUUACUAUAGCUAUAACAGAUGCAGUGUCUUGAGAAAAGCUUGU